CAUAAGUAAUAAUAUACCGUGAAUGACCUGAAAGCCACCUUGUGUUUUUUAAUAAAAUAAACCGAGGUAAGCGAGCAAACGCAGCCGAGACACAGUGAAGAGAUAAAUUGAGUAGGGAGUUAAAUGAAUAUGGGUCACGUUUAAAGUUUCCUUUAUUCCACACCGUCCGCAUUGUCUUAAUUCAGUCCGGACUGUUUCCAGCACACACAUACUUGGAUCUAUCGAAAACAACUAAUUUGAGUCGAUUUGCCCGACCGGAGGCAAUUGAAUACCAAUUUUCACUGAUCAAUAUUCAUCGCAAUUAAACGUAGGAUUAGUUUGCCAAGCGAUAAUGUAUUCUUAUCAGAUUUGUAUAUUUGACUUUGUUUAUGAAUAAUCAAAUGUCGUAUUUAUUAGCGGACAUGUGUUAAAUUAUGGAUUGUCCAAAGAUUAUAUCAAUCAGUUAAUAAUAUUUCCUGUUGAGGAUUUAUAUUUCCAAUAUUAAUUCAAUUCAAUUUUUUUAUUUUACUUUUAUCAGGAUCUAUUGUACUAUAUAAAUUUUGAUUAUUAAACUUUUGUAUUAAUACAUAGAAUUAUAUAGUUAAUACGUUUAAAUUAAUUGUUAGGUGUGGGAAUAUGCAAAAUAUAAUUGUUCUCUUUGUAGUCGUGUUACUUUUUAUUUCAUUUUUACAUUUUUAACAAUUUAGUGUAAAUUUUAGCAAAUUGUUCUCAAAGCAAAUGUUUGAAUAUGUAAAACAGCUAAUUUGCCAUUAUUAUUCUCUGUUAUCUGCUAAUUUUUAGUUUCAUUAAUGUGAAAUUAAGCGAAAAAGUAACGCAUAAAGCAAAUCAAAAGUGAAAAUACAUGAAGUGUGUCAAGAUAAACCACAAAAGAAUUCGUUUGACAAUUUUAAAGAAGCCACUGAUAAAAUUGUGUGAGAAAUUGAAGGCCGCCAUUAGAGAAGAAAGGAAAGUUUCGUCGCCGUCCAUGGCGUCACUUAACAUCUUAAUUAUUUAUAAUUAGCUAAUAGACUAAAUCUCGUAAAAAAUCUUGGAAAAAUAGUACAUAAUUAGACUGGAAGUUUAAAUUGGAUAAAGCCGUGUGCCCACGAAUAUAAUUACUCCAAAGCAAAGUGGGAAAUUAUGUUAAGUUACGGCUUAAAAUACUCCAGUUCGAACGCAAACGAUUAAUGGCGUAGACGCAGUCGGGAUGGUCCAAUCGAGUUAAGCCCCACCGGAACGAUGGGGGUGGAGGAGUACUACGCCGAUCUGCACAACACCACGUACACAGACAACAUGACCACCACCACCGGCUACACCUACGACCUGGACCUGUCGUCGGCGGAUCCGCCCAACAGGUCGAUGCUGAUGCCCGAACUGCUGAACAUCACCAACGAAGUGCCCAUCAGGUACGCCAUCCCGCUCUUCGGAUACGCCAUGCCCUUCCUGCUCGUCGUGACUGUGAUCCUCAACACCCUGAUCGUGGUGGUGCUGAGCAGGAGGCACAUGCGCACGCCCACCAACGUGGUGCUGAUGGCGAUGGCCCUGUGCGACGUCUUCACGCUGCUGGUGCCGUCGCCGUGGCUCAUCUACAUGUACACCUUCGGGAACCACUACAAGCCCCUCUGGCCCAUCAGCCUGUGCUACGCCUGGCACGUCAUGUACAAUAUAUUCCCAAACAUCCUUCACACUGCAAGCAUGUGGCUGGCGUUGGCGUUGGCUGUGCAAAGGUACAUUUACGUGUGCCACGCUCCCCUGGCCAGGAAAUUCUGCACCCUGCCCAACGUCUACAAAUGCCUCGGGUCCAUCAUGUUCAUCGCCACCGUGCACAACAUCUUCAUGUUCCUCGAUCACGAAUACGUUUCGGUGGAAGUGGAGUGGGAGAACCGAACCGUGCACCUCUGCAAACGCGAGACUCCCAAGUGGGUGCUCGACAUCGAAAACAUCUACUACGGAUCGUAUUACAUAUUCAGGAUAUUAUUCGUGUACCUAAUUCCCUGUAUAGUAUUAAUAAUCCUUAACCUGCUGCUGUUCCGGGCCCUGAAACAGGCGCAGAAACGCCGCGACAUCCUCCUGUCAACGAAAAAGAACCAGAAGAGCGAGUGCCGCAAGCAGCGCGACUCGAACUGCACCACGCUGAUGCUGAUCGUCGUCGUCAGCGUGUUCCUCUUCGUCGAAAUCCCGCUGGUCAUCGUCACCCUCUUGCACGUGAUCAGCAGCGCCUUCUACGAAUUCCUCGACUACAACAUGGCCAACACGCUGAUCCUCUUUUCCAAUUUCUGCAUCAGCGUCAGCUACCCCAUCAAUUUCGGCAUCUAUUGCGGCAUGUCUCGCCAGUUCAGGGAAACGUUCAAGGAUCUGUUCAUUAGGGGUUCAGUCGGCGCCAGGAACGGGUCCUCGCGCUACUCCAUCGUGAACGGGCCGAGGACGUGCACGAACGAAACGGUCCUGUAAUCGGACACCCGCGACGUCACCGACCUUGGUAUUACAUCUCGAGGGUUUUGUUUUCAUUUCUCAUUUCUCAUUUCUAAUGGACCAAGUAUGAUUCAGGGGAUUGUUCAAAUAUCCCUGGAAACAAAUAAAACGAGCGGAACGUAUGAAUUUAUUGAAUUUCUCCAAUUCCCUUUAUUUUUUGCCAAAUUAUCUGCCAUUUCAUUUCUCGAAUGGACCAUACGAAAUUCAAAUAACAAUUGAAAUUUCAAUAUCACAAAUGGAACAGAAUCUCUCCUAACAAGCACAAUCUAUCUCGAGUGUAUCGAGUUUCGUUCACGUUCCUGAGAAUUGCUCACCAAAGACUCUAUCUAUCUAUCUCCACUACAGGGUAAUUUUGUCAAGAGAAACAGGUUUGCAUGUUGAGCAGGGAUGUAAUAUGAAGUUUUGGUGAAAUAUACAUAAUUAACUAAAAUGACGCUUAUCUAGAGACUUUCGUAUUGAUUUUAAAUUUAUAUUAGGUCUUUUUAUAUUGAUAAAUGAAAUAAUCGUUUACAAUUGAUGUAAUAUAAUUUGGAUAAUUGUGAAUAUAAAUAGUUUAUAGUAUAUACAACAAAAAUAUCAUUCACUACAUAUAACUUGUAAAUAAUGUUAAGAUUAUAAAUAUUUGUACUGUCGAUGUAAAAUGUAAAUAGUUAG